AUGAAUGUAUUGCCUCAAGCAAUCCUACAAAGCCCAAGGGAGCAUCCCAGGUUCAUAGAGCAGACUGUUUGCCCCUCAUUAGACUUUGCAAGGAUUCAUUUGAUCAAAGACAAAGAUGGCAUAGAUGAUUAUUUGGCGAAGAAUAUCAAAGGGUUGUCAAAACAAGAAGCUGCUGCUAACAGGAAUACAUACAAGAAGAACAUCUGCAUAGACAUGCUGCGACAGGGUUAUCACGAGUCCUUCUCCGAGCUCUUCACUCUGAUACAGAAGUGGAAUGCCUUGAGGGAGGCUGCAGGGCCUGGGUCAGCCAUAUGGCAGCAGAAGUCCCUGGAGGAGCAGCCUGAUAAGCUGGAUCAGCUUUACCACUUCCUGACCAGGGCUGAGGCAGCCCAGCGAGCAGGGCACUAUGAGGAGGUGUACGAUAACCAGCUUAACUUGGCCUACUGUCUCAAUGACCCUGAGGACAAAUGGUUAAGUCAUUACUUUUAUGAGCAAUGCUUUAACACUGCUCAACUAAUAAAAAUUGAUGGUGGGAGAAGAGAGGCGCAAGCACAUGUAAAUAUGGGCCUCAUCAAUGAGGAACAAGGUCAUGUCAUGAAAGCUGCAGAGCAUUAUGAAGCAUUUUAUCAGCUAACAGAGGGUUCGACAUGGAAGGAUGAGAGAGGCCAUACUUACAAUUCACUGGCGUGUGAGCAUCUCUGGAGAAUUUAUACGUUACUAGCAGACAAAAUGCUAGAAAAUAAAGAACACCAACAGGCCAUCAAAACGCUAAUAAAAGCUUUAAAAAUGGCAAAAGAAGGAGGUGGCAUGAAGAUGGAAGGAGAAGCUCUGUAUUGCUUAAGUUUAGCAUAUCAUUUUGCUGGAGAACAAGAGACAGCAUUGCCAAUUUUGAACACAUCUGUAAAAAUCUUCACAGCACUUUGUGAUUCUGCUGGCCUAGGCAGAGCACAUGCAGCUAUAGCCAAGAUCCUGGUAAGUCAGGGAAAAGCAGCUGAAGCUAUUAAGUACUUGGGAGAGUUUCUGAAGGCUGCUGAGAAUGCUCAUCUAAGCCAAAGCCUGGUGGAUGCAUGUGUUUUACUUGGGAAUGUUCACAAUGAAAGAGGGAACUAUAAUGAAGCUUGUGAAUAUUUCAGUCAGGCUUUGGAGGCAGCAAAAACUUUAAAUAAUUUGCCCUUAGUGGAUGAAGCAAAGAUUUAUUGUGGCAUUGCGAAGGCUCAUAAACUGAUGGUGGCAUUUAACAGCCACAUAGAAGCAGAAGAUCCCAUCAGCCUCAAGUACCUGCUGGCAUGGAAGGAGAACAGAAGUGACAUGUGCACUGACCCUCUUACAGUCGAACUUGAUAAAGAAACAAGUGCUUCAAAGCCCCUGUGAGUUUCUUCCAAAGACGCCAGUUAUAGAUCCUUCCUGAAAAUGCCUGCCUACUACAGAGAAGCUAAUAGAUGAGUACAGGAGAUCCUUGAAAAGUCGUGCAACAAAGUAGGAAUUUUGGUGGGGAUUUGUCAUUUAAAUGGGAGCAGUGUUGCAAUGCAAAUAUCUGAGAGCUCUAAGUUCUUUUAUGACUGAAGUGUGACUUCAAUGUGUAUUACAUGUUUUUAUCAAAAAUAGCUGGUGUCACUGAAAUAAAUACAAAAGAGUAAUGUAGAAUAGAAACUUUGCAUCUUGUGCCCCUAAUGUGUAUUGUCUUCCAAAAUGUCAAGAUCUUUCUGUUAAGAUACGAAACAUCAUUUAUGCCUACUGAGUGGGCAUCCAAGAUGCUCAAUACCUUGUAAGAUCAGGUUCUAAAUGUGUCUGGAGAGUUUUCUUUAAAUCCCAGAUUAUCGUCCCUUUCAGAAAAAAUAAACCACAAGCUCAAUGCCUUAUUCAUAGGGCUAUCAGUGACUUUAGCAUCUGUGCUUAACAGUUGCGGUUCAACUGUAACUUGAUAGACUAGAUCCAGCCUGGGUGCCACACUAUGGUGCAAUUUUGAUCUAAUCUGUAACACAGGUUGGACCCAAAUCACAACUAAGUUUGUUUAAAAUCUGGUUGAGCACACGCAUGAAACCAUUGAAAACCUGCACAACCAAAGCAUUUGAAAUGCCAUUGACCGUCUCAAAUGUACCGUCAAUCUAUAGGCACGGCUGAAACAACUAUAUUUAACAAUGAAAGUGCAUCUGGUAGAAUGCCACAUUUUCAAAAUUGAACCCAAAAUUCUCCUUUGUACAAAGCCUGUAUUCAUUCACAUGAUCAGGUAAACUAAAAUUCUGCCUAGAUUCUUUUUGAUAAAUAAUCUGAAGCACUGAUUCUGGAGCGUGUGUGAAGGAUUGUCUCCUAUUUUGAGCUGAUUAAAUUCUUGACGGGGUUCACCACAUGGCCCACAGCAGUCUGACUCCUGUGGUCUUCAGAGUCCUCAAAGGGCAUUUUCCAAUUACCAUCACUGUUGACCUAAAGAAGAAUUAAAGGAGAGAAAAUGUUGGUUAUCACUUUGCAAAAUAUACAUAAAAGCAGGAUUUGGAACCUUUGAAUUUUAUUUUGAAAAACUGAUACAAGCUUUCAUAAUGGAAUUUAUUUUAAAAACUGUUCCUUCAAACUACAUAAACAAAGCUUUAUGAAUCUCAAUAGUCAACUAUUCCUUUCUUCAAACAGAGGUUUCCAGAUUCAGAGUUUGAAGCAAGGUCCAUUAGACCUGUAAUCAGUUUUUAUGACAGUCUUUGAGCAAGCAAUAGCCUUUGCCGUAGUAAUAACUCAAUUCAUGGUUUUCUUCAGAUUUGCAAUUUAAGUAACUGGUUGACAUGUGACAAUAAGGUUUCUCCCUGUUAAGGCAUGGUAAAAGUGUAUCAUUAACUAGCUCUUAUUAGACCAUUGUUGACCAAGGUACUGUGUACAUGCAGUGUAAAUACAAAUACCUCAGUAAUCUUAUUUUUUUACCCAGAGGUCUUUAUAGUCUGAACACCAAGCUUAUUAUGACAAUGUUUAUUUAGAAUGUUCUUACAAGGCUGAAAAGUUGUAUAGGAAUAUUCCUACAUGCAAUUAUGCACGUACAUAAGCAUACAAAUCUCUUGACUGAGUGCUAAAAAGAGGUAAACACUUUAUGAAAACCAGGCCGAGAAACAGGACCAUGAAUUAAAUAUAAACAAUAACUAUCCAGUCUACCCCUUAGAUUUUAAUGCUAUUGAUAUGAGAUAUGAAAAAUAUUAUAAAAACAUUAACCUUCAAACUCUUCUAAUCUUGGUAAAUAUAGCAUGACUGCUUGUAAGAGGUUGCUGGUUUGACAUAUUUGGAAUUUCUUUUAUCAGAAUAUUGUCCAAAAAUGGCAUAUUUGAAUUUAUCUUUCAUAGUUUAAAAAAUAUAUAAAAUUACAUAAAACAAGCAGACAUUCUAGAAAAGAUAAUUGUCAGUUUUUCAAGGACAAGUUUCUAAAUUCCUAAGGGUUAUGAACCCCAUGUACAUUUCUGCAGCAGCUGAACGUUCUAUGUAUGUGUCCCAGAAGUUAUUAAGCAGUUAUGUUAAACAGCAUCCAUGGCCAUCAUUACUUUUUGCCAGUCUACACUCAUUACUAAGUGAUAGCUUUUGUAUGCUUGUGAAAAAAUGGUCAUAAAUUAAUCCUCUGAGGCAUUACCUCUCCUGUACUUUUUUAACAAUACUUUUUAGUCAUAAAGCUUUUAAUAAAAAUAAGGGGACUUUUAUCAUCCUAUAAUAAUGGAAGUUCAAUGUGUGUUCUUCAGAGCCAGGAAUCUUUGGGAGAGCAUUAUGUUUAUUGAGCUUUUAAACGUACCUGCCUGCCAUCCCAGUAACAAUUUGUCUGACGAGUAACUAUCUGGCAGAAUGCAGGUGGUGUGCUCCUUGCAGACUUCUUCAGCAGGAAAACAAAGGCUCUGCUUUCCCCUUCAAAUGGAUGGGGUGAGGAGGUUAGGCAGAAUGUCGUUCCAUACGUUAUACUUUGGGCAGGGUCCUGGAAUAAACCUCUCCAGCUGUUAGAAGCAGCCAGAGCUCCAUGGGUCACGGGCAGGCCUUGGUGUUAACACCUCGCAUGAUCCAGCUGAAAGCACGGUGCUCACUGACACUUGGCUGCAGUGUCAGCUCAGUACUUCUUCAGAAAAAACAUCACCACUUUCUGAAUUACCAACACUUCUUCCAACAUCACUUUUCUUUGGUGAUCUCUUGUCAGACAUAGUCCUGCGCACAAGAUCUGCUGAGAUCAGAGCUCAGAUUAGUACAGUGGAACUUUUGUCCUUUGUCUCCUUACAUGAGAGAUGCUCUGAUUUCUUUAAGGAGCUCCUCAUACAGAACUGAAUUCUUUUCCACUCUGCCUGGUUCAUUAUCAUUGCAAUCCUUGCUCCAAGUUUUUGCAGAAAGCCUCUAAUCUCCUGACCCUUAAGACUUCGCGAUCAGAAAGGAGGACUCGGAGAGAUUAUGAAUUGCAGUUGCAAGUUUUUCUGUGCUCUGAGAAAUUAUAGACAUAAUUGACUUUAAUGAAGUUAGGUAAGCACCUAAAUCAACUUAACCUGUAAUGCUGGUUGUCUGUUUCAAAACAAAAACUUGUCAAACGUAUUAUGGCAGAUGAAUCUUUGAGUAGUUCUGAAGUGUAAUAUCAAUGUCUCUAAAAUCUAUGUAUUGCGGGUGCCUAAGGCAUGCGACACUGACAAUUAAGGCUGCUUUUUGAAUAGGGUUUUAGUAGGUUUCACUGUGUAUUGACUAACAAUUCAUAGCAGAAGGGAAGGUUGUAUCUCAGAAAGGAUUCUGUUUAUAAUUAUGAAAAGCAUGUUUUCUGACCAUUAAUAGGGUAUAUCUUGUUAAUUAUGAUGAUAUAUAUGGUAUUUCACCUGUGAAGCCAUUUAGAAAAUUAAUGUUUGAGUCACAGAAAGGUCAUUGCCAUUCUGGAAGGAAUCCAUUCAUCUCUAAAUAGGCCAUCCGAAUAUAGACUAAGAAAUACACUAUAUAUAAUUACCUAGAAAUAGAUGGAAUAAAUAAGAUUGAUGAUAGGUAUUACUAAAGCCACACUUUAGUUUCCUGCUAGGAAAAAGUAGAACAUAACUGGCAGAAACAAUAAUAUACAUGUAAAAAUGCAAGAAAUAGGUUAGUCUUAAGUAGUUUUAUAAGAUUCAGCUAUUACACAUGAGGUGAGAACUCAUCAGCCUGGAGAAGUGGUGUACAUCAAGGACUUUGUCCUGAGAUUCAGUUAUUUCUGAGGACAGCUCCUACAAAGAGAAUGAAGACGGAUUUUUUUUUUCCCCCUGAAACUGUGUCUUGUUUGACAGCAUAAUUUCAUAGUAUUUCUGUAUUUGCCAUACAUGCUAACAAGUACAUAGAAUGUAUGUGCUGUCU